ACCCAAAAAACAAUAACAACAACACAACAAGAACAAAUUAAAAAACCCCAACACAAAACAGCAAAAAAUAACAAACAAAGAAAAACAAAAUACAAAUAUAUUAGUUUUCAAAUAUACAAAAUUACUUCCGACAACAGAUCAAGCUGAAAAAAUAACAGGCAACCAACCAACAAGUCUGUAAGCAACCAAGGAACUUUCUGCUGAUGAAAUUCACCAUGUCGUGUUUAUGGUGCAAGCCUCCUUCUGAGAUGCCUCCAAUCAUAGACGUGGAGAAAGUGAUUCAGGAUUACGUAUGGGGAAAGGUCAAAGGUGACAGACACCCUCUGGCUCGGAUGUUCAUGCGCAGGUCCGACUACGACAUAGAGGUGCCGCACAACUACUUCCACUUCGAGGACAUUGAGGAGGAUGUCGUAGAGGACACCAAACCGUCUCCCAAACACCCCGCCAGAUCUCGCGGGAAGGAGGCGAAACCAAUUCCGGAGAUGUCGGUUGUGUGCACGGAAUUCAGGAACAACACGGAGACCGAACAGACGUUCCAGUUCCGCUUCCAGAAGACGAGGAACGCGUCCGUAAACGUCACCUUCCAGAAGGGCUUCACCAUAGGAGGCAAAGCUCACUUCAAACUGGGUCUGCCGAAACACCUGGCGGACUCCUCGGCCGGCGGCGAGGUCAACCUCAAGUACCAGGUGACGAAAACAACAGGAGAGACUUUCGACGAAAGCGUGACGAUUGAAGCGAACAGCGAAAUUCGCGUUGUUAAACAGAGGAAGUACAUCGCUAAGGUCUCGCUGGCGGAGCGACAGUUCUCCGGAACGUUUAGAGUGGAGACGUUGAUGAAGAUGCCGUCGGGCUCGGCUCCUAUAUUCGUGAGGAGGAAGCGGAACCAGGAGCUGCUGUGCAUCGAGUCCAUCAGCGACCUCAAGUCCGUGUUCGCGGGACUCCCCGUCGAGGUGGAGGACGUGUCCAAACCCAGCCAGAGGGAGGCCAGCUACGCCGUGAAGUUCGUCACGACUGGCAUUAUCGAGGGAGUCAGGCUGCUGGGGCAGAAGAUCUACCUCGACUCCGAGCAGUUGGACGAGGCGGACAGCUUUACCGUGGCGAUGCCGAAAAGUGUGGAAGAUUUCAUCAGCGGCCCAGCCAGGGACAAACUAUCGGACGUCAUGGAGAGCAGCACAGAUUCUGCGUCACAAGAAUCAGGGCAGGGUGGACUCAAACAUCAACCAGAGACAAAAAUACUGAAGGAUCCUGAAAUACCACAGAUCAUAACAACAGCGCCGAGUUCCCUGGAGACGUCACCAAGGAGUGUGCAAAACUACAACACAACGGACCAAGGUCAUAGUACAAUGACGUCACCUUUAAACGAGACGCAAAAUACUGGCGCGCAAAUACCACAGAUACGUCUGCCGGAUAGCGGUAACGUACGUGAAACUAACGAGAAACCAACUGAUAACUCAGUCACUGUAACAACAUCAACGGACAGGUCAUCAGUACCCAGAUGUGAAUGUGCUCCAAAGGCAGAACCUGAAUUAGCCGAUGUUGGUGAGAAAAACAAAGACAAAACCCAAACACUGAAUGAAGUGGCGCAGCCAAAAAUAAAGGCCGAAGAAAUUAUAAAACCGACAUCAAAAAUCGAACCUGAACUUUCAAAAAUGAAAAUCGUGGACGUUAAACGGUUGGACGGAAAUAAACACGACCUAAAACAGACGACUAAAUCCAAGUUUCUUUUAAAACAAUCCGCUAGAUUUGAGCCAGACGUAAAGCAGACGUCAAAAAACCAGUCCGAUAUACAACAGACGACAAGAUGCGAAAAUCCAGCCAAACAGAAUCCGACAGCAAGAACUGAACCUUUCGCGGGACAGACGACAACACGACAAAAACUCAACGAAAGACAGACGACACAGACGGAUGCAGACAAAAAGGAAUGGAAAAAGACGGACAUGGACAGUAAACGGACGAGAUCGAUGGACGUUAACAUCACGAGAUCGAUGGACGUUAACAUUUACCAGUCUAGGACAUCGACAGGAAGUGUGAUGGACGUCGACUCGGAAAUGACGCAAAGCCGAGCGCGAGAGCGAGCCGAGAUUUGAAAGGAGACGCGUUUACGAGACACAGUCUACCCAUCUCCAGGAACGAUGAUCUGCGGAAAGCUAUUCUGUCGGAGGAGAAGAGACGAAGCUUAUCGAAACUCACGAAGUGCACGAGCGUUUGACCACGUGCACUACGGGCGUUAAAGGGGCUGUAUCAAGAGUGCACAGUGGUCAGUUUCCAUCAUAUGCAUUUAUUAAUUCUUGGAGCCGGAUGUAGGUUAGGCUGGUGGUAAAGCGCUCGCCUGAUGCGUGGUCAGUCUAGGAUUGAUCCCGGUGGUUCCAGCAUGUGCACCACGACUGGUAUAUCAAAGGCCGUGGUAUGUGCUAUCCUGUCUGAGGGAUGGUGCAUAUAAAAGAUCCCUUGCUACUAAUGGAAAAAGAAAUGUAGCUGAUUUUGUUUCUAAGACUUUGUCAGAAUAACAAAAUGUCUGAAAUCCGAUAGCCGAUGAUUAAGUAGUCAAUGUGCUCUAGUGGUGUCGUUAAACAGAACAAACUAUCUUUAAUUAGUAAUUCAGCUAAACCAGUCUCAAAGUCUUGUAUCCUAAUUUGGGGUGCUUUUUGAUAGUUUCACCCGUUUCUAGAGCAACAUUAACAUUAAAGAUGGCCAAUGCCAUUUUAACACAGUUGCAUUCAGUAUGACUAGAUGGCGACUGUCUUCGUUCCAGCCAGUGCACCACGAUUGGCAUAUGAAAGGCCGUGGUCUGUGCUUUCUUGCCUUAUUGGAAAGUACAUAUAAAAAUUUAAAAUCCAAUGCUGCUAACUGAAAAAAAAUGUAGCGUGCUUCCUCUGAUGUCUACGUGUCAGAAUUACCAAAUAUUUGACAUCCAAUAGCCGAUGAUAAACCAAAACAAUGUGCUCUAGUGGUGUCGUUAAACAAAACAAAAUUUAACUUUAACUUGUAUCUAGAUAAGGCCAUCAUAGAGAGAUGCGUUGCACAAAGACAAGAAAAUUGUUGCAGCAUCCGUCGGGCAUGAGGUUGCGAAAUGUUCGCCUAAGGUGGACGUGCCCAAUUCCGUUCCAGCAAAGAUUCUACGAUAAUCUUUUUUAUUGUGUGUGUGUGUGUGUGCUUUUCUACAUUUAAAACAAAUUCUUUUGCUCUAAUUUGUCUAGGUAGUUUUGUUUAACGACACCACUGGAGCUCAUUGAUUAAUUAA